AGCAUCGAACAGCUCUUCAAUUCAACCUGUAGUCUCUCACUCACAUCCCAAAUCCAAUCCCAUCGACAACCUUCACAAACAAGGAGCAUUAGCAGCAUCAACAUGGCAAUAACGUUCUCAAAGUUAGUAACCGAAUCCGAUGUCAAGAAAAAUUUGUUGAUCCCAUCUUGUUCUGUGGGAUCGAGUAUACCGGAAGAAGGGCUUUUGUACAUGAAAGCUCUAGAUAAUACUGGAAAAGCUUGGAGUUUCCCCUAUACUUUUCACCAUGACGAGACAACUGGAACUAUGGUUUCUGUUUGUUGGGAUGAAUAUGUUCGUGAGAAAGGUGUCAGGGCAAAUGACAAGGUGGUUCUCAAGGAAAAAUCUGUGGCGGAGGGGACGAUUUUCAGGGUUGAAGUGAGGAGAAAGAUCAGAUUGUUUGGUGAGGAUAUUUGGGCAGAAAUAUGACUUUAGUAGGGGACUUAAUUAGUGUCCAAGGUACCAUUAUAGAAGUUCAUUAUUCUUUUUUACUAAUUAACCAAAAAUGAAUGUGUGAAAGGCGUGAUGAUUAAUUUGUUUGAUUCAAUGACAUAUAUAUGUAACUGGGUGUGUCAACAAUAAUAACAUGUACUGAAUAAUUUUUCUGAAAUUCA